CUUUGGCCUCGCUCCUCGGGCUCCUUCGCCCUGCGGCUGCCUCCUCCUCUUCCUGCUGCUUGCUCGCUCGCUCCGCUUCUCUCCUCUCCUCCCCUCCCCGCUCCCCAGCCAUCCAUCGGGGUACCUCGGCGGGGACUGGAUCGCCCGGAGAACUGGUAUGAUCAGCUGAGCGUGGUGGGGGGUCGCCUUGGCUGGAAGGCAGGAGGAGGCGGCGAAGCGGAGCCAGGUGCGCGGGGCUGGGGACAGCUGGCGGCGGUUGGGCUGCUCGACGAGGCGUCCGUCCGGCACACCACCAUGUCCAAACCUUCCGACCACAUCAAGCGCCCCAUGAACGCCUUCAUGGUGUGGUCCCGGGGCCAGCGUCGGAAGAUGGCCCAGGAAAACCCUAAAAUGCACAACUCGGAGAUUAGCAAGCGCCUGGGCGCCGAGUGGAAGCUGCUGUCGGAAGCCGAGAAGCGCCCUUACAUCGACGAAGCCAAGAGGCUGCGCGCCCAGCACAUGAAGGAGCACCCCGACUACAAGUACCGGCCCCGUCGCAAGCCCAAGAACCUCCUCAAGAAGGACAGGUAUGUCUUCCCUUUGCCUUACCUCGGAGACACUGACCCCCUCAAGGCGGCCGGGCUCCCCGUGGCAGCCACGGACUCUCUGCUCGGCUCCCCGGAGAAGGCGAGGGCUUUCCUGCCCCCCACCUCCGCGCCCUACUCCUUACUUGACCCCAGCCAGUUCAGCUCCAGCGCCAUCCAGAAGAUGACCGAGGUGCCCCACACCUUGGCCACCAGCACCCUGCCCUACGCCUCCACCUUGGGAUACCAGAACGGGGCCUUUGGCACCUUGAGUUGCCCCAGCCAGCACACCCACACCCACCCGUCGCCCACCAACCCCGGCUACGUGGUGCCCUGUAACUGUACGGCUUGGUCGGCGUCCAGUUUGCAGCCUCCCGUGGCCUACAUAUUAUUCCCAGGCAUGACCAAGACUGGAAUAGACCCCUACUCGUCAGCGCACGCCGCAGCCAUGUAACCCCCCCGGCAAGCUCCCAUCAUUGACAGCCCCACAUAGGGCAGGCGGCCUGGAAACCCCCAAGUCGCCAUAGCCUUGGCUUGCCGGUGGAAUCGGAACCCCUCCGUGGUGCAUGUGAUAUUUGACGAGACUUCAGAAACAAAGAUAUUUUAAGAGCCUAAGCGAAAGCCACCUGAGCGCGGGAGAGAUGUCCCGGAGACCUGAUUUCACCUGGGGAAAGACUUUUAGGACUCGACUUUUUCCGAGGGUGGGAGGGCGGGGAUGGGGAGACUCCGAGACUUUGUAGUCGAAUCCAAAAACAAACACACAAAAGGUAUUUUUCUUUCUGCACUUGGGGCUCCGAGGGGCCCCGAAACUUGUAAGAAUUGUAAAUGUGUCAAACUUUUAAUUGCCCUUUUUGGCCGAAAGGCCAAAACAUCUUUGAUGAUGAUGAUUUUCUUUUUUAUUUAUUAUCUCAAUGUCUAUGAGUUUAUAUGAUCGGAUGUGAAUCGGACUUGAAUUCCUAAAAUCCCGGAAGUAUUCUGACUUAACGAUUUCCUUUUUUUGCACAUUAAAAAACAAGAGUUAGCUGUGUUAUAUAUAUCUAUAUAUCUAUAUUUUACCAUCCAGCACUAAUAGCUAAAAUUGCUUUUCAUGUCAAAAAGAUUAAAAAAGAAGCUCUUCAGAGAUAUUAAAAAAGGGUGAAAAACGUUUAUAUUUCAAACAUGGUAUGAUAGUGUUUGCUUAAUUUAAAACAGAUAGUCCUUCAAUUUGUGUGAAUCAGUGCAAGUAGACCUAAGUUUACUUUUAGACAGAAUGUCAGAUAUGAAGUCAGGCAGUAGAAUUGUUUUUUUAAUGGAAAAUAAAAUUUAAAAAAAUGAAUAACACGGUGGUAAUUUAAAUAUGUUUUAACAAUGUAUUGGGGGAAGAAUUGUAUCCAGAAGGAUUUUACCUCGUUAAUUCUGUUCAUUUGCUGAACAAAGACAUUUUGAAUAAAGACAAUCUGUCGUCGAACACGUCA